UACUCUGAGUAGCGCGACUACCCGCCGCGAGUGUGCGGUGAUGCUUUCAAGAAAGCGAUUAAGAUGCUUGUUUUUUUCUCUUGCUGACACUGCCGACUCUCUUCAUUCGUAGGUAGCGCUGUCAGAGACACGUUUAUAUAGUCGCUAUCGUUAUUGUCGACAGGAUCGAGUGUCCGCACAGCAGCCAGCGCGGCUCGCAUGCACCGUGCGCUCUGCCGCCUCUGUGUUACUGCUAUGGGCUCUGUGUGAACAAGAAACAAAGACUUUGGGAUAUAUGUUUGGAAUUUGGCUUUUCGUCAGUUUUUCAAAUGCAAACGGAAAUAUGCGGCAAAGCUUCGCCUUGCUCUUCACCAGCUUGCUUGGGUUGUGUUCAUGCUCAAGUUUCCCAAGUAAUAUUAAUAUAGGAGGUUUGUUUCCAACCGACUCCCACGAAUAUGAUGUGUUCCGUUUUGCGCUCUCUCAACACAACGAUGUCCCCAAACUGGUACCACAAGUGGACAUGGUGGACACGGGGAGCAGUUUUGCCAUGACAUACGCCUUUUGUUCCCAGUUCUCCAAAGGAGUCUACGCUAUCAUUGGCCUGUAUGACAGGAGGACCAUGAACAUGCUCAUGUCGUUCUGCGGCGCUCUGCACGUGUGCUUCGUAACGCCCAGCUUCCCCAUCGACACCAACAACCAGUUUGUGAUCCAGCUGAGACCCGAGCUACAGGAUGCUCUCAUCGCCCUCGUCGAGCAUUACAAGUGGACCAAGUUUGUCUACAUGUACAGCUCAGACUCAGGUCUGACAGUGCUACAGAAGAUUUUGGACACGGCUGCGGAGAAGACCUGGCAAGUGACAUCCAUAAACUUUGACACUCUGACAGAAACGGCAUUCUUGAAAGUCAUCCAAGAUCUGGACAAUAAAAAGGAGUACAAGAUCAUUCUGGAUUGUGAGCUGGAGAGACUCAUCUCCAUCCUAAACUUGAUAGCAGUGCAAAAAAAGAACCUGAAGAACUACCACUACAUACUAGCGAACCUGGGAUUUAUGGAUCUUAAUCUCACAGAAUUCAAGAAGGGAGGUGCCAAUGUGACUGGCUUUCAGCUCAUGAACUACACAGAUCCUGCUGUCAGCCGAAUGAUACAGGAAUGGCUGGAGUUUGACAGUAAAGACUUGAAAAGCCCCAAAAGGAGACUGAAGUACACUGGAGCUCUCACGUAUGAUGGGGUGACCGUCAUGGCCACUGCCUUCCAGAACCUGAGAAAGCAACGCAUCGAUAUCUCUCGCAGGGGGAACGCAGGAGAAUGUCUGGCUAACCCUCCUGCACCCUGGGGCCAGGGCAUUGACAUUCAGAGAGCCUUACAGCAGGUGAAGUUUGAAGGACUAACUGGAAAUGUUCAGUUUAAUGACAAAGGACAUCGGACCAACUUCACCGUCAGCGUGAUGGAAUUCAGCCCAAAUGGACCCAAGAAAGUGGGCUACUGGAACGAACAUGAGAAAUAUGUGAGCACAGCUACUUACGCCAGCAUCCUCAAUGAGACGUUCGGACUGCAAAACAGGACUUACGUAGUCACCACCAUCCUUGAAUCUCCAUAUGUGAUGCUUAAGAAGAACCAUGAGCAGUUUCAAGGGAAUGACAAGUAUGAAGGUUACUGCGUGGAGCUGGCUGCAGAGAUUGCCAAACAUGUGGGCUAUUCCUACCGGCUAGAGCUCGUAGGGGAUGGAAAGUAUGGAGCCAAAGACAGCGAGACGAAGAUGUGGAAUGGAAUGGUUGGAGAACUAGUGUAUGGUAAAGCCGACGUGGCUGUUGCUCCCCUCACCAUCACUUUGGUCAGAGAGGAGGUCAUCGACUUCUCCAAGCCUUUCAUGAGCUUAGGCAUAUCCAUCAUGAUCAAAAAGCCCACCAAGUCCAAACCAGGUGUCUUCUCCUUCCUGGACCCACUGGCUUAUGAGAUCUGGAUGUGCAUUGUGUUCGCCUACAUCGGUGUGAGUGUGGUGCUGUUCCUGGUGAGCCGCUUCAGUCCGUACGAGUGGCAAGCGGAUGAUGAAGAGGACGGAACGGAACAGCAAAACCAGAAUCAAAACCAACCACCGUCGCCGGAACCCAACCAGUCACCGAAUCAACACGGUCAGAAUCAGAAUCAGCGAGAUGAGAAGCAGGAGAAACAGCCAGAGCACACUAAUGAGUUUGGCAUCUUCAACAGCCUGUGGUUUUCCCUGGGAGCCUUCAUGCAGCAGGGAUGUGAUAUCUCACCAAGGUCUCUCUCUGGUCGUAUAGUUGGAGGUGUGUGGUGGUUCUUCACUCUGAUUAUCAUCUCCUCCUACACAGCCAACCUGGCUGCAUUCCUCACAGUGGAGAGGAUGGUGUCACCCAUCGAGAGCGCAGAGGACCUGGCGAAGCAAACAGAGAUUGCCUACGGGACUUUGGAUGGAGGAUCCACCAAAGAGUUCUUCAGGAGAUCAAAGAUCGCUGUGUUUGAGAAGAUGUGGUCCUACAUGAAGUCAGCAGAGCCCUCUGUAUUUUUGAAGACAACAGAUGAAGGUGUCAUACGGGUGAGAAAGUCUAAAGGGAAGUAUGCUUAUCUUCUGGAGUCCACUAUGAACGAGUACAUUGAGCAACGCAAACCGUGUGACACAAUGAAAGUGGGAGGGAACCUGGAUUCUAAGGGCUAUGGAGUAGCCACACCCAAAGGAUCCGCCCUGAGAAACCCAGUAAACCUGGCAGUGUUAAAACUGAACGAGCAGGGCCUCUUGGACAAAUUGAAAAACAAAUGGUGGUACGACAAGGGAGAGUGUGGCAGCGGAGGAGGGGAUUCCAAGGAUAAGACCAGCGCUCUGAGCCUCAGUAAUGUGGCUGGAGUUUUCUACAUUCUGAUUGGUGGGCUGGGGCUGGCCAUGCUGGUGGCCCUAGUUGAGUUUUGUUACAAAUCCCGAAUUGAGUCUCAAAGGAUGAAGCAAAUCAUUGACGCAGCCAUGCUCAGUUCCAGUCUGACCAGGAUGGGCAGCGGAGGUGAGAAUGGUCGUGUGAUGGCACAUGAUUUUCCCAAAGCGGCACAGACUCUGCCAUGUAUGGGUCAGGCUGCUGCCAUGGGCCUCAGCACCACAGGGAUGUAAAAGGGCAUCAGCUUUUAAAACAACGGAAGACUAAAAGGAAAAACAAUAAGAAAAGAGUGGUAGAGAAAGUGAGAGAGCACUGCGGUAUAGCUCACCUGCCACUGAAGUACUGCCAAAUGGAUUCAUUGAUAAAACACUCUGGGCUCCAAAAGAAAUUACACAACGAGGGAGUAAAGUUACUUUUGUAAUAUUAAGAUGUGGUUGUUUUUUUCCAGCGCAAUAAGGAGGCCUGUGAGGUUUUUUGUAUGAAAGCGUAAUUUUUAUGUACCUGAGAACACCGAGAAAGCUUUUCUUCACUUUCACAAAUUGGUGACAAUUGAACUACGCUGGUUCUUUAAUGUCUUGUUUUCUCCCAACAUCACUGAUUUUACUGUUAUGAUGUGCAUUAUGUUCUCUGUGUUGUCUGCCCUGUGCCAUGUCUUUGAGAGAAGUUACAGUAGUGACACAUUAUUAUCAGAUGGUUAGGUGGAUAGUUGACCAAAAAAUUAAAAUGUAUUAUUGUAUUUACUAACCCUCAUGUUUUUCCAAACCUGUAUGAUGAUAUUUUUUACAAAGAUCAUUUACAGUAUUUCAUGCUAUGAUGGUUCAUAGUGACCGAUCAAGCUUCAAAAGAGAUAAAAACAGUACUAUAGAGGCACAAUAAAUGUAGUCAUGAUUUAUGUAUUUCAAGUGUUCUGAUGCCAUUUGAUAGCUUUGCAUAAAAAACAGAUUUAAGUUUUAAUUGUUGUUUAAGUCUGCACCUCGGCUACAGCCUAAAGUCACUAUGAAAUCAAAAUGGUUAAUUCUCUCAUUCUUUUAUGAGUUUAUUGUAGUUUGUAAAUGAUUUACCACGGACAACAUUUUUUACUUUAUGUGCCCUCAUCUUUAAUAAAAAACAUUGAUGUA